AUGAAGGGCAUCCAAGUCAAGGAAUAUGUUCAGGGUCCUCAAGACCUCAAGGUCACCGAUCUCCCUGACCCAUCUCCCAAACCCGACCAAUACCUGAUCGCCGUUCACGCCGCUGCCACGAAUUUCUUCGACUUGCUCCAGAUCCGUGGCAAAUACCAACAUCAGCCUCCUCUACCAUGGGUAUCCGGUGCCGAGUUCUCUGGUGUUGUUCUCAAGGCUCCCCAGUCAUUGCCAGGAGGAAAGAAGCCCACAUUCAAGGAAGGAGAUAAAGUCUUUGGUGCUUCUCAAGGUGCCUAUGCUACCAAGGUUUGCGCCACCGAGGCACAAUUGAGGCCCAUGCCCAAGGGUUGGAGCUACUUUGAGAGUGCCGGCCUGAUGGUCACCGCUCCCACAAGUUACGCUGGUCUGGUUACAAGGGCUGACAUCAAGAAGGGUGACUGGGUUCUGGUGCAUGCUGCUGCUGGAGGUGUGGGUCUCGCGGCGGUCCAGAUUGCGAAAGCCUUUGGCGCCACAGUCGUCGCUACAGCUGGUACACAACACAAGCUCGACGUUGCAAAGUCGUUUGGCGCAGAUCACUUGGUCGACUACAGACAAAAGGACUGGCCGGAUAAGGUCAAGAAGCUGACUCCCAAGGGUCGCGGUGUCGAUAUCGUCUAUGAUCCUGUUGGUCUGAUUGCUCAGAGCAUGAAGUGCACAGCUUGGAACGGGCGAUUGCUAGUCAUUGGAUUUGCAGCAGGCGACAUUGAAAAGAUGGCCACAAACAGAAUCCUGCUGAAGAACGUCAGCGUCAUGGGUCUGCAUUGGGGUGCCUAUGCUACCAACGAACCAGAACAGAUCGAGGUGGUAUGGAAGGGCCUGUUUGAUCUGAUGGACAGUGGCAAGUUCCGCGGGACGUGUUAUACAGACAAAGAGUUUGUCGGGCUCGAGACAAUUCCCGAAGCGCUGAAAGCACUUGGAGCACGCGAUACUUGGGGGAAAGUGGUGGUCAAGGUGCCGCAAGAAGGACAGAGCAGGUUGUAG